ACGAUCUAACGAACACGAUCGGUUUUUAUUGACGGAUUGUGAUUGCUGCACUUUUUUAUCCAAGGCAUUCAGAUUUUCUUUUGCACGUCAAGAAGUGUUUUUGAUUUUUCUUUCCUCAGCAGUGUAAAAAGCAUAAGCAAGUUUUCGUUUUGGAUAUUCGUGCCCCACAUACUAGCCAUGACAAAGUAAUCAUAAAUCUAUAAAUUACGGCACCACAAUGAAUCUGCAAUCAUUGUUCCAAGAUUUCAAUCCGAGCAAAUUCGUGGUGCACUGCUGUUUGUUUACAUUCACAAUUUUAUUUUGCUUACGAUUGGAUGAGUUCAUAGAUUGGCCGUACUGGGUAAUAUUUAUACCACUAUGGAUAUGGAAAUCAGUUGCAACACUAGGGGCAAUCGUAGGAGCUGUUGUUUGGUGCCGCUAUCCACACUACAGAGUCGAGGGAGAUUCGUAUUCACACUUCAAAGCGAUGCUCAUAUCGCUAUCGCUGCACCUAAUUUUACUGAUGUUUGAAUUACUGGCCUGUGAUAGAUUAACAUCCGGACGGCACCUCUGGGUAUUAGUGUUCAUUCCACUUAUCUUUGGUAGCGUUGCCAGCGUAGGUGCUUGUGUUUGGGCCGUCAAACACGAUCGGUCUUUUGAGCUAGAAUUGUUCUGUGCGGUCAACGCCCUCCAGUUCGUGUUCCUACCACUUAAACUAGACGGAUUUGUUUCUUGGAGCUGGGAGGUGGUCUUUGUGCCACUGUGGAUUGUUCUAUGUCUAAGUUUAGUGGCCGUGUUAUAUAGUAUAAUAUUCUGUGGAAUCCUACUACGGACGCCUGAAGUUUCUUCACAGCAGAAAAAGUCAGCGAUCAACUCGGCUAUCGGCAACUGUGCCACUGUGCUUCCAAUACUGAUGUUUCAAGUACUGCUGGCGGACAAAUUGGAUGAGGAUUUAGAUUGGCCGUUCAUUGCAGUGGCUGGACCACUGCUGACUGCACUUUUCGUACUAAUCCUGCUGAGUUUCAAUGCCAAGGGUGGCAAUAAAUGGUGGUUUGGAAUAAGGAAAAACUUCUGCCACUUCCUUCUGGGUGUGCUGCCCUGUUUGCAAGAAUACGGUAACAUAUCAUAUCACACGGAAAGUGCUGGCCAAAACGUGCCUCUUGACACCAGUGUACAACUGGACGAGUUCGAGAAGUAUGGAAAAAAGGGCAAAAAAGCUCUGAGCAAAAAGAACGAUCAUCUCAAGCCGGUUGUGCCGAUCAUCAGUAUAGAUCUGCCGGAUUAGGGCAGCCUCUCGGAAUAAGUAAGAAAUUUUUUUGUACCUACGUCUGUAUUUGCAAACCGCGACUGUAGCACAAAUGAAACCAUAAUUUAUUAGGAAUCUAUCGAGAUGAGCUGGUUAAGGAACUAGGUGAUUUCGCAGAGAAUGUUGAGCGCUGAAUUCAAAGCAUCCACCAAGCACUACAUUGCUUCAAAAAUGUGAUUGAUAAUAACUCCUUCAUUCAUUUGAAUUCAAACUCGCCAUAUUAUUUCAUAUCAGUUUUUAAACAAACUUCUUUUUCAUCGAGACAGUUGUCUCUAUCAAAUAUUUUAUGUUCGAGUCGCAACCUCUGCUAGUGGUUGCACAGUGUAUUCAUCUACACAUAUACAACAUAAGCUACCGUAAGCCUAUUUAUUUAACCCAUUAGAUUAGUUGAUUUUAUAACACAAGAUGUAGUUUAGUGAAAUCGAGAAUUAUAGAAAAUUUAUGAAUUUGUAUUCGCAGUCGAAUCUGUUCAUUUCAAGCUGUUAGUAUUCAGUAUCGGCAUGGAGGGUUGACAAAUUAUACUACCCCUAAUGAAAAAUAUUUUUGUUGACUAAAUAGUGGACGACAUCAUCUGUCUUAGGGUAUACUUUCAAAAGCACUAUUUAUCGGGCUCACUUUGAGCCCCUUAAAGAAAAGAGAUUCUUGGAAAAUUGUUCGUACGAUGAAACCAUGCGAUGAUAUAGAAAAAGAGAAGCAUACCGUGAACAAUUAUUGGGAUAGCAAUUUGUAAAUAAAAUUAUACGCAGAACAAA